UAGUUUCCGUCGUAAAUCUGCGACAAAAAUAGUGUGAUCCGCCGCAGAUAUGUUCACAUUCGCUGACCCCAAGUCUGUCGCAGGACCGUCGCAGAUAUGCGACGGAUAGGUGUUUUUUUCGCAAAUUAUGGCAUGGCAACGGCAAAUUUGCGAUGACGAUUUGCUGUCGCAGUUCCAUCGCAAAUAUAGAAUCUGCUACGGGUUUUCAAAUCUACGACGAAAAUCAGCUGUCGUAGAUUUGACAGAUGCUUGUAGUGAUCGCUACCUUUUGCAUUGGUUAACAAUCGAUUCAAAAGGAGACUCCGGCGUCGGAAAAUCCAACUUGCUUUCCCGUUUCACCCGCAACGAAUUCACCCAAGACACCAAAUCCACCAUUGGCGUCGAGUUCGCGACUCGCACCAUUCGUGUUGACAACAAUAAGAUCAUCAAGGCUCAAAUUUGGGACACCGCUGGCCAAGAAAGGUACCGUGCGAUAACGAGUGCAUACUAUCGGGGAGCAGUGGGAGCAUUGCUUGUUUACGACAUAACACGGCGCGUGACGUUUGAGAGUUUGGAGCGGUGGCUCAAGGAGCUGCGGGACCACACCGACCCAAACAUCGUCGUCAUGUUAGUCGGCAACAAGGCGGAUCUCCGCCACCUCCGAGCCGUCACGACAGACGAUUCGAAGGUGUUUGCGGAGAGGGAGAACACUUUCUUCAUGGAAACCUCGGCUCUCGAGGCGAUCAAUGUAGAAAACGCCUUCACGGAGGUGCUUUCUCAGAUAUACCGCGUGGGCGGCCGCCCUGGAUGGUGGAAAUAACAACAACCACGCGAAUUUACCCAAGGGAUCGGUGACAAUCAACAUUGGUGGUAGCGGUGAAGUCUCCGCCGUCAAACAAGGUGGUGGGUGUUGUGCUUCAUAAAGGGUUCGUUUGACAUUUGUAAUAGAGGUUAGUGUUGGCA